AUGCGCCGUCCCUUUUACAAUUUCAUCAAGCCAUUGCCUCCUUAUUUGCAAUAUACGUCCCCUUCCGAAGCAGGUUGGGGCGAGCCGAGCACUCUUCCCAAGCUAGCACAUCGACAGCGUCAAGAAACGUCCCAAAUCUCAUACUCUGCACGCACGCCUUCGCUCGACCCCCUGGCAAUGCAAAAUCUCCGCUUGGAGGAGCAGCUCAUCGCCAAUGAAACAAAUGAACAGACUUUGAAACAACUCCUAUCCACCCGGUCGGUCAUCUCUACCACCUCCUCAUUUGCAGAACGCCAACAAGUGGCGGCAGGAGAGCAGAACGUCUUCGGUGAAAUAGGCACUGGCUCAAUCGGCAUGUUCCUAGAGCAUACUGGAUUUAUUUGCGUCUACAUUCUCUCUGCUGGACCAAAGCGAUAA